UAAGACGACGUCGCUCUCUUUUCUUCUCACGCCUCCAAUCAACCUCUCUCUUCUUCCCCGUUCAUCUCUCCACUCCAUAUCCCCUCCACCUCCAAUUCUGAAAUCCAGAUCUCUCUAUUUUCAGCCAACCCUAAUUCUAACAAAUUACCCAAAAUCCUUUUAUUUUCAUUCUAAUUCAGUCAUCCAGAUCCUUCCAAAAUGGCUUCUUCAGCACCCCCGAUUCUCCCCAUCUCCACCAACCAACCCACCGCCGCAACAGCCACCUCCGCUCAGUCCCAGCCCCCGAUCGCUACCCCCGCUUUCCGCGCCCUAAUCACCCACCUCUCCGAUUCCCUUCGCAAUGGCGUCGCCCAGCGCCGUCCUUGGUCCGAACUCGUUGAUCGUUCUGCCUUCUCCAAACCCGAAUCAUUCUCCGAAGCCACUCUUCGGAUCCGAAAAAACUACUCAUACUUUCGCGUGAAUUACCUUUCUAUCCUGGCCAUUGUAUUGGCUGUUUCUCUUGUAACAAAUCCUUUCUCUCUGUUAAUGCUCGUUGGUCUUCUCGCUUCGUGGAUUUUCCUCUACCUGUUUCGUCCGGCUGAUCAGCCGCUUGUCGUAUUUGGCCGUACGUAUAGCGACCGUGAGACUCUUGGGAUCUUGGUUGUUCUGAGUGUGGUCGUGAUCUUCCUUACCAGCGUCGGAUCUGUUUUGAUAUCCGCUUUAAUGGUUGGAACGGCUUUAAUCUGUGCUCAUGGUGCGUUCAGGGUUCCUGAAGAUCUGUUCUUGGACGAACAAGAGACUCCCGCCACUGGGUUCUUGUCCUUCCUUGGUGGAGCUGCCUCCAACGCCGCCGCUGCCGCUGCCCCUGCCGCACGCGUUUAAGUCGAUUGUUUAGGAUUUUCAUACCCGAAUAAAUGUCAACUGGGUAAUUUUUCAUAUAAUUUUUUUCUUCUUAUUGUCAUGAAUAGAAUAUGGAUCUGAUAUGUUUUUCUUUCUGUUCUAGUGCAUAUUUUACAUGAUACAAAUUGUACUGUCAUCUUUUUCUUACAAUCAUGGAAUGGAUAUUGAGUUUUGUA